AUGAAAGAACCGCCUACAAUUGCCCCAUGUAACUCAUUUUCCGAUCUCGACAUUGUUCUUCAAUCAAUAGCAGCAGAACAAAAAUCUGUCAUCAUUCCAAUAGUUGAUAUGGAAAUGGAAAAUCCAUCAUUACCAUCAUUUACAUCAACAUCAUCAAAUACUGAUAAUUUAACAACAAUUGAUUCAAAUCCAAGUGAAAAUCCAAAUUGGUAUGAUGGUUCAUUAGAAACAUGUAUUUAUGAAACAGAACCAAUACAAAUUGAUUCAUCAAAUAUUCGUGAAAUUUUCAAUGAUGAAAUUUUACGUGAAGUUGAUAUAAAUGCUGUUGGUGAUGAAUUUUUUUUAUUUUCACCACAUGAUACAACUAAUAAUCAAUCAAUAAAUUCAUUAAAUAAUAAUAAUAAUGAUAAACAAUAUGAACAUAAUGAAAAUUUUAUACAAAUAUCAAAUCGUAUAUUUACAAUAGAAGAUAAAACAUUAGAUAUUCAUAAUGAUUUUCAUUAUUCAUCAUCAAAUGAUCCAUUUGGUUUUGAUAAUAAUAAUAAUAAUAAUAAUAUUAAUAAUAAUAAUACAUCAAUAAUGAUAACAAAUUUAGAUGAUAUAUUAAUUGAUGAUAAUGAUAAUACAAAUAAUAAUUUUCUUAAUACAAUAAAUUAUCGUCGUCCUAUACAAGAAGAUAUUUUAUAUGAAGUUGAACAUGAAAAUAGUUUUUCUGAUCAUAGUCAAAAUACAUCAUCAAUUAUAGCUACUAAUGAUCAAACAUCGAUUAAAUUCGAUGUAAGUAUGGAUUAUUUAACAUCAACUGAUAAUUCUAUUAUAAAUAAUAUUUCAAAUGAAAAUGAAAAACAAAUAUCUUCAACAAAUAAUAAUGUUUUACCUAUUUAUAUUUUACCACCUUUAUAUACAACAUCAACAAUAAAUGAACCAUCAUUAUCACUUCAUAUAAAUACAAAUAAUAAUAAUAUACAAAAAUGGAAUUCAUCUAUAACACAAUAUUCUGAUUUAUCAAGUCCAUUAGUAUAUACACCAAAAAUUCGUCAUCGUCAAUAUUCUGUUGGUUCUUAUUAUGAUAAUAAAACAACAGCAGUUAAUUUAAAUCCAAAUUAUUUCCUUGGUAGUGCUCCUGUUAGUCCAUUAAGUCGUACUUCAACAACAAGUAGUGAAUCACAUUAUCAUAUUCAUCAACAUCAUAGUCCAACAUCAUAUGAUAAUAUAUCAUUAAAUGCAUUACGUCAUGUUAAUCCAUUUUUAGAAUCAAAUAUAAAUUCAUCAUCAUCAAUAACAACUAAUGAUUAUAGACAAAUAACAGAUUCUUAUUCAUUAUUAGAUGACAAAACUCAUAUUAUUACAUCGACAUCACCAAAAAUAACAUUAAAAUCAGUUGAAAAAAUGAUUCCAAUAAAUGAAAUUGAAUCAACACCAAUUAUACCACAAUCAAUUGCUUCACCAUCAUCAAUACGUACAAGUUCAAUAACAUUUUCACAAUAUGAAAUUCCAAUUACAUAUCCUAAAUCAACUCAUGAUAUUCCAAAAUCACCACCAUCAGCACCGCCUCCUCCUUCUCGUCCUAUUACAUUCAAACAAGAACCAUUAAUUCAAGAAAAUCCUACUUAUGAAAGUCCAACAUCACCUAUUCGUCCUACUAUAUUUAAACAAAAACCAUCAUUAACACAUGAAAAUAUUACUUAUGAAAGUCCACUAUCACCAAUUCAUUCAUCUCUAUUUGAACAAGAACCAACACUUGUUCGUCCUAAAACAAGUCGAGGACAUAUUCGUCCAUCACCAGUUAUAAUUCAAAGAAAAUCAAUUGAAAAAGAACUUCCUGUAGAAAAUAUUUAUCAAGAUAUUGAUACAACAUUAACAAAUACAAAUCAAUAUCGUACAUCAAAUGCUGAUUUACAAUUUAUACGUGAUGCUAUUGAACGUGUUUUUAAAUUUCAUAAUGAUACAACAAAUGAAUCAAAUACAUAUUAUGAAGAAGUAAUUGAUAAUAAUAAUUUAAAUCAAACAAAAAAAACUUCAGUUCAAUAUCCAGCUAUUGAAGCUAUACAACGUUUUUAUAAUCAUAAAAUUUUAUCUGAUAUUGAUAAACAAAUUCCAAAUGAACAAAUAACUAAUCUUGAUGAUAUUAUUAUUAGUAAUUCAUCAACAUCAAAUAAAUCACAUAGUAAUCAUUCACCUAUUAUUAAUCAACGUAAAAAAGAUAAUAUAUCAAAAUUAAAAUCAUCCGAUUAUGAACGUGCAAGUUCUGAAGAAAUUGAUGAUACAUUAAAUGAUAUUGAAGAUGUUGAUUAUCAUGAUGAAAAAUUAAAACGUCAUAUAAUAAUAAAUAAUCAUAGUACAGAUACAAGUAAUGAAAGUUCACCAUUACUUUUAUCAGAUAUAAAAUUAAAAACAAAUAAUAUAUCACAAGAAACACAAACUAUAGAACGAAAAAUGAACAGUUGUCAAAAACCAUCAAUUUUAGCAAAUGAAAUUCCAUCAAAUUUAUCCUAUCCAACAACACGUUCAACAAUUCCACCAAUUGAAAUUAUAACUGAAAUGGUUAUCGAAGAAGAUGAUAUAGUUUGUAAUAAUGGUGAAAUAGAACAAAUUUCAGGUGAUAUGAUUAUAUUCUAUGAUGAUAUUGAAAUAGUUGAACAUUUAACAAGUUCAUGUUCAUCAGAAUCUGAUUCAACAACAUCUUCAUGUCAUCAUUAUUCAAAACCUAUAAAUACUAAUAUUACUCAAUCAUCAUUACCAUUACCACCACCUAUUCCAGCACGUACAUUAAAACCUAUUCAUUUACUUAAUAAUAAUAAUCAACAACAACAACAACAACAAUUAUCAUCAUCAACAGUAAAUAAAAUUUAUGAUUUAGAUAAAUCUUUAAUACGUAAAAAAAUUGAUGUUAAUUCUGUUAAUGAUAUAUUAAAUCGUACUGAUUAUAAUAUGGAAUCAACUGUAUCACAUCGUCAUCCAUCGGCAAGACAUUUUGUUGGAAAAUUAAAUAAUGAUGAUAUAUCAUUAAUAACAACACCAUCACAACCAAUAAUUAUUAAUGGACAUGAACAUAAACGUACAACAAUAUUAACAAAAAAUCCAUGUUCAACAUUACCAUCACGUUCAUCAUUAAAUAUAUCAAAAAAUGAAAAACAUCGUUCAAUUAUAGCUGAUACAAAUGCAUUAGUUAAACAAAUACAAAAUUCUUUAAGUCGUAAUUCAUUACAUGAUACACAAAUUAAUUCAAAAAAUUUAUCAUCAUCAACAAAAGAUUUACGUGCAUUUGUUUCAACAACAUAUUCACCAUCACAUGAUAAUAUUAUUGAUAAUAAUAAUAAUAAUAAUAAUAAUAAUGAUAAUGUUCAUAGAAGACAACAAAUAAAUAAUUCAAAUGAUCAAACAUUUAAAAGACAUGCACGUUUAUCAAAAAGUUUUCAUAAUGUUUCAGAAUAUAAUAGUAUUGAUCAAUAUUCUAAUAAAGAUAAUAAUAAUAAUAAUAAUAAUAAUAAUAAUAAUACAACAAUAACAACAAUAAUAGCACAACCAUCAAAAUCUGUUGAGAAUAAUCUUAAUCAAGUUAGUCAAAAUCAAAUUAAACAACAAUUACAUACACCAUUAAAUUUUACAUCAGUUGUAAAACGUACAUCAUCUUCAGCAUUACAAAAUUCAGAUGAUAAUACACGAAUGUUGUCAAUGAAAUGGUAUACAGGUCAAGUAAAUGAAAAUUCUGAAAUAUCUUAUAAUACACAUCAUAUUGAUGCUGAUGAUCUUCUUUAUGGUUAUAUAUUAACACAUAGUAAUCGUGAAACUCAAGCAUUAUUUAUGGAUCUACAAUCAUCAAAUGAUCCUCGUAUACAUGCUGCCCUUGAUGAUAUACGUUCACGUGUUGCACAAUUUGAUACAUCAAAAACUCGAGAUGAUUUACAUGUAUUUAUGAGAUAUCUUGAAUCACGUUUACGUGAUUUAAAUCAUAAUAAAAAUUUAUUAAAUAAUGAUAUAAUAAAUACACAUCAACAAUCUGAUAAUAUAUCAAUAAAAAAUCGAACAAAUGAAUCUAAUAAAGAAAUUCCACCACCAUCAUCAUCAUCAUCAUCACGACAAUUUGGUCGACAACAUAUUCGUUCAUCGAAUAAUAUGGGAAAUACAACAAAUAUUCAUCAAUCAAUAUCAUCUCGACGAUCAAGUCAAUCAAGUGCUAAUCAAGAAAAUUCAGCAGUUUUUGAUGAUAUGUUAAAUACUGUAUUAGGUCUUCCAAAGAAAGGAGUAUCAACAUUACCUUCUAAACAAGAAAAAUCUACUCCUUUAAUACAAACACAAAUGACAACAAAUACAAUAGCAUUGAAUAAAACAGGACGAGAUAUUGGUAAACGUUUAUUUGAAAGUGGAACAUAUAAAGAUCCACGUUUAAUUUAUGAUGGACCGAGAAAAACAGAGAAAGAGGAAGAACCUCUUGAAACAUCCGUGUGA